CAGAAAUCAACAGAUAUGUACCGUGGUAGCCAUCCAACGAGUUAUCUGAAUAAGCUUCUCAGAACUGAAGUCAUAUUCACAGAUUUCACAGCAUUAUUUCUGUCCGUACUUUCAUUUCAUUCCUCUGCUACCUUCAAAAACGCCAUUACUUGCCCAUCCAUCCAUCUGUCCAGAAUGGAUUUCUUGGGUCCAGUUGUGCAGAUCAUUCUCUUCUUCUGGGCUCCUGUUUCUCAGCAGAUCGGUUAUCUCAAACACCUUAAUAACAAUGUAGAGACAUUGAAGAAGGAAACGGAAGAACUACAAGACAAGCGUCACCAAAUUCAAGCCGACGUCAAACAUGCUAUAUCAGUCGGAAAGACACGGGUUCGCCAAGUGGAGAACUGGCUUGUGGACGUCACCAAUAUCGAAGCUCAAGUCGAUUCUUUAAGAACGGAAUUCGAGCAACCUAGAACAUGCUUGAACGGUUGUUGCACCAAUCACUUCUCUCGCUACAAACUGGGCAAAAGGGUCGUUAAAAAGCUCAAAGAUGUGGAAAACCUCAAAGCUAAAGGGGUCUUCGAUAAGGUGGCUGAGAGCCCUCGCCGGCCGAGGGUGUUGGAGAUGCAAACCUCGCUGCCACGAGUACAGCAAAGCACAGCUGAGGAAACCAUGGAGGAGAUAUGGCAAUGCUUACACGACGAGGAGAAUGGCCUUGUUGGUGUUUAUGGGAUGGGUGAAAUAGGGAAAACCACUCUCAUGAAAGCCAUAAAUAAUAGGUUCGUCGGAACCAAUGACUUCAACGUUGUGAUUUGGGUAACUGUUUCCAAGGACCUCAACUUGGGAUUAAUCCAAGAGCAGAUUGGAAACGCGUUGGAUAUGAAAUUCCACAUAAAUGAAGAGAAGAGAAACAGGCUGUUUGCUCGGUUCAAGAAUGCGAUGUAUUUGCUCAUUUUAGAUGAUCUAUGGAAAGCAUUUAGCUUGGAUCAAGUCGGAAUUCCAAAGCCAUACAAGCAAAACAGAUGCAAGAUUGCGAUGACCACCCGAUCUAUUGAAGUAUGUAAUAAGAUGGGGGCCGAUAAGAAGAUUAGAGUCAAGACUCUUACAGGUGAGGAAGCAUGGAAUUUGUUCUAUGAAAGAUGUGGGGAUGUGGUUCUAUCAUCAGAUAUUCGACCGGUAGCAGAGAAGGUUGUGGAAGAGUGCAGCGGAUUAACCCCUUGCCAUCAAGACAGUGGGACGGGCUAUGUACUGCAAGGAUAAGAAAGAGGUAUGGGAGAAUGCAUUGAGGGCAUUGAAAAGAUCAUCACCUGAGGUUUCGGGUAUGGAGCAUGAAGUAUUUCUUCCUUUAAAAUUUAGCUAUGAUUGCCUAGAAAAAGAAGAGAACAAAUUAUGUUUUCUGUAUUGUUCAUUAUUUCCGGAAGAUUAUGAUAUAGAAAUAGAUAACCUAGUAAGAUAUUGAGCCAUGGAGGAAGGAUUUAUAGAAAAUGUGAAUAACUUGGAAGAAGCAUCAAACAAGGGACGCGACAUCUUGAAAGAAUCAAGGAUGCAUGCCUCUUGGAGGAAGGGUCGAGAGGAAAUGAAUACGUUAGGAUGCAUGAUUUGCUCCGUGACUUGGCUAUAUGGAUCACUUCACCAUUGUUGUCAUCCAUUGAAGGCUCAAAAUUCCUUGUGAAAGCCGAGGAGGGACUAGAGCAGCCACCAAAAGAGAAAAUGUGGA